AUAAUGUGACCAUCUAAUAAUCGACCAUCUAAUAAUCGACGCCUCAUUCAAUCAUAUCCAUCGUUCCUCACUACGUUAAAGAGGGAAUUAAUUUUUCUAGAAAAAAAUACUCUAAUUUAUUGGACGGUGGUGAUUCAUUAAAAGGAAGAAUAUAUUCGACAUGAUUCCCCAAACAACAUCAAUACGCGCCAUUCAAAUUGCAGUUGGGUUGGUUGAGAGAGAGAGAGAGAGAGAGAGAGAGAGAGAGACGUGGAGGAAUCCAAUUCCACACUGUCAUCUAAUUUCUCGGGAAUCGCAUGACCAACACUCGCCUUCUUUCCCGUCCCCUUCAUUUCCACGGGCGCGUCCUCUCAACGAGAGAGAAGCGACAUUCGCGCAUUGCAUCACCUCGCCCCAAGAAGAGCGUCGCUUCAUCCACAUCUGCGGCUAAGGACAUGUCGAUCACAUCCAAUUCCGAUUCCACGGAUGGCAAAUGCCCUUUCUCAAAACUUGCUCCGUUGGAAGCGAUACUCUUCGAUAUAGACGGCACAUUAUGCGAUUCAGAUCCUAUUCACUACUACGCUUUUCGAGAAAUGCUACAAGAGAUAGGUUUCAAUAACGGCGUCCCCAUAACUGAGGAAUUCUUCGUCGAGAAAAUCAGCGGUAAAUUCAAUGAAGAUAUUGGCAGAGCAUUAUUUCCGGAUGGUGAUCAUGAACGGGCGGCGAAGUUCAUGGAUGACAAGGAAGCUAUGUUUCGCAGGUAAGUAAGUUACUAAGAAGCAGCUAAAAUGCA